GUAUAUGACAAGCAGAGCUGCAUGUCUCUCCUCUCUCCUUCUAUGCCCCAUCUGAUGCUUUUCAAUGUGCAGCUGCUGCUCUGACAGGUGCUUCUUGGAACUGAAUUGCUCAACGUUUUAAUUCCACCUUCCGGGAACAUACCAACCAUGGCAGAAGACAAAACCUUUCGUUAUGGACUGAUUAUCCUGGGUUUCUUUUUGGUGAUGAUUGGCAUGUUCAUUAUGAGUGUUGAUAAGCCCCAUGUAUACAUUACAUUUUGCUCUAUGGGGGUCCUAAUGAUCUUUAUUGGAAUCACUUGGAGCAUCUGUCAGUGUUACCCAAAGAUAACCUUUACUCCAAUUGAUAUGGAAGAUGAUUCCUUCACUGAGAAGUCUCCAGUGCUCACAAAUGACUCUAUCCCUGAGAAGCAAUGCUCUAGUACCCCUUAUACUAGCAGUAAAGAUGCUGAACUCUAUGAAACUGGAUUGCCAUCCUACGAACAAAUUCAUAUAAAGGUGGAAGAACCUGGUGAGGGAAAAGAUGAUCUGUCAGUUCCCUCUCUGCUGCAGCCUGUGCUGAUAGACUGCUCUCAAAUGACUUUACAGGCUAAGAUUGAAAUACACAGGAAUUUGGAUUAUGAUGGCCAGAAAACAGCUGCCCUCACUGGGACUGACGAUUCAGUAUGCUUACUUGACUACAAUAGAGAUGCACCACUUGCUUCCCUGAAUGAAGAGGAAGAAAUCAAUACAACAUCUUGUGAGUCAGAUGCAAGAAGUAGUCAUGACUCUCUGAAUAUCUGUGAUACGUGGCCAUUUAAACAGAAAGAUGUGAUACCUUUUGGAGAAACAACCUCCUUUGAAGGAAUUGCACAUAUAGAUUCACCAUUACAUGAUGCAAUAAGUUUAAAUUCAGACAAUGAAAAUGUUUUUCCUGCAGACCAGAAAAACAAUACUGAUACCGAAGAUCCAUCUGUAAAAGCAUUCUCUAUCCCUGAUCAAAACCAGGAAUCAGAAGUGUAUGACUUGUAUUAUGGACUGAAGGAUGAACUGGAUCACUUGGUGAUUGCUGAUGAAUCCGACUUUGAACAGUAAUAGAAACAUACUGACAGUUAACAUUUGCUUCACAACAAAAUACAUUGAUUUUAUAUUGAAUAAUAGGACUGCAACUGUAAAGGAUAGGCUUUUGGGAGUUGGUAUGAUGUAUUUAGCCUUUCUAUGUCAGCUGGUCUGUGCAGUAAUAACUCUUCAGACAGGAAUAGAAACAAACAGACAACCCUGGCUUUGGUUCCAAAAACAAAUGUAUAUGGAUUUGUAUAUUCUAUACACACAACUUUUUAUUAAGCUUAUGGUUUUAUACAAGUACAGUAUACUAUUCUAAACAUUUAUUAAAAAUGAAGGAGCAAUUUUAA